AUGUUGUCUCUCGUUAUUCUUACCCUCCUUGGCUCGAGCCACCUCUCUACCGCUCUUCCCACCUCGUCAGCCUUAUCUUACGAUGAUGUCAUCGUAAUCAAGAACGAUGGACAGCCCGAGAUCAUGAAAGCGGCCGACUUUGACCGCCUGGAACAUCGAGCUGCCGCGUUCUCACCACCAUCUGGCACUAAGGACUCCAACCCAGUCAGCCUGCAACCUCGUCGGGGCUGUGACAAGAGCACCGAGAUUCAGGUGCUCUCUGAUACCGAGUUCCUCAACUGGGAUGUCCCCAUUUCACCUGUUGUCAGCAGCGCUGGCGGCCAGAGUGCGUCCGUGGCCGUCUCUUCAGGCUACACUCUCUCCAAUACCUUGACAGCGGGCGCUUCAUUGGAUAUCCCGCUUAUCAAGAACCUUCUCUCGGCCUCGCUAUCCGUUUCCUACACGGAGACCUGGACUACGCAGCAGUCACAUACGUUGACAUUCAAUGUGCCCGAAAAUAUGUUCGGCGUCAUUGUUAGUCAGCCAUAUGUUCGUCGUGUCCAGGGGAACGUGUUCAGCGGCUGCACAGACAACCCGAGCAACAACACCUUCAUGUCGGACACGUACACGAGCCAGGCCUACAAAGACCUCAACUGGGUCAAGGGUGUGAUUCGGCUGUGUAGCAGCGACAAAUACCCCAUCCCAUACUGCAUUGGGGAAGGCACUCACGCUUAA